AUGAAAGAUCACAAAGAGGAAAAGGAGAAUAGGAAGAGGUUGGAAAAAGAUAAAGCUACAGAUAAAGAAAUGGAGAAAAAGCAAGAAACAAAUGCUUCUGAUGAAGCAAUUGAAAGACAAAACCGAACGGUUGAAUUGUUAACAUCAAGAACAGGUGGUGCUUAUAUACCACCUGCAAAGUUGCGUAUAAUGCAAGCGGAGAUUACUGAUAAAUCAGGGGCUGCAUAUCAACGUAUUGCAUGGGAAGCCCUCAAAAAAUCGAUACACGGUUACAUCAACAAAGUUAACGUGAGUAAUAUUGGACUUAUAACUAGGGAACUUUUGAAAGAAAAUAUCGUCAGAGGUAGAGGUUUGCUUGCUAGAUCCAUCAUACAAGCUCAAGCAGCAUCACCAACCUUCACGUCUGUUUAUGCAGCCCUCACUGCGAUCAUUAAUUCUAAAUUCCCCAAUAUAGGAGAAUUAAUAUUAAAACGUCUAUUUAAACGAGGGUUUAGAAGAAACGACAAGCCUCUCUGUAUAUCUUCUGGGACGUUUAUAGCACAUUUAGUAAAUCAAAGGGUAGCACAUGAAAUUGUAGCUUUGGAAAUUUUGACGUUGUUAGUAGAAACACCAACAGAUGAUUCAGUAGAAGUGGCCAUUGCAUUUUUGAAGGAAUGCGGUAUGAAGUUAACAGAGGUUUCUAGAAAGGGUAUUGAAGCUAUAUUUGAAAUGUUAAGAAAUAUAUUACACGAAGGACAACUGGAUAAGCGUGUACAAUAUAUGAUUGAAGUUAUGUUUCAAGUCAGAAAGGAUGGGUUUAAAGAUCAUGAAGCUGUUCCAGAAGAACUUGAUCUUGUGGAAGAAGAGAAUCAGUUUACUCAUUUAAUAACAUUAGAUGAAGCAACAGAUUCUCAAGACAUAUUGAAUGUAUUUAAGUUUGAUGCAGAAUAUGUUAAUAAUGAAGACAAAUAUAAACAAUUGAGUAAAGAAAUAUUAGGCUCAGACGUUAGUAGUUCAGAAAGUGAAGAAGAGGAAGAAGAAGAGAGCUCUGACGAAGAUAGUAGUACUGCUGUAGCAGAAGGAAAAGAAGACGUAAUUGUAGAUAACACAGAAACAAAUUUAACUGCUCUUAGAAGAACGAUAUAUCUAACAAUACAUUCGUCACUCGAUUUUGAAGAAUGUGCGCAUAAAUUAAUGAAAAUGCAAUUAAAACCUGGACAAGAAACUGAACUCUGUCACAUGUUCUUAGAUUGUUGUGCAGAAAUGAGAACGUACGAAAAAUUUUUCGGAUUAUUGGCUGGUCGAUUUUGUGCUAUUAAUAAAAUGUAUGUCACGCCAUUUGAACAAAUUUUUCAAGAUUCAUAUCAUACGAUACACCGCUUAGAUACAAAUAAAUUACGUAAUGUAUCAAAGUUUUUCGCUCACUUACUAUUUACUGAUUCUAUAUCGUGGGAAGUAUUGUCUUGUAUAAAGUUAACUGAGGAGGAUACGACCAGUUCCAAUAGAAUAUUUAUUAAAAUUUUAUUUCAAGAACUUUCUGAAUAUAUGGGAUUAUCUAAGCUCAACCAACGUGUAAAAGAUGUUACAUUGCAACAUGCAUUUGAAGGAUUAUUUCCCAGAGAUGAUCCUAAAAAUACUCGUUUUGCAAUCAAUUUUUUUACAUCCAUUGGACUAGGUGGUCUCACAGAUGAUUUAAGAGAGCAUUUGAAAUCUCAUCCAAAACCUGUUGCAAUUCCAGCAUUAGAGCAAAAAAGUGAGAGUGCAAGUGAGAUUUCUUCUGCAGAUUCUUCUCUUUCUAGUUCAAGUGACUCGUCGUCAUCUUCAACCUCUUCAAGUAGUUCAAGUUCUGAUGAAUCUGAUGUAUCUUUGGAUAAAGAAACGAAGAAAAGAAAGAAAAAAUUGAGAAGGGAACAAAAGAAGAAACAACCAAUCAAGGAAAACAAAAAAAAACAUAAGAAAAAAGUAAAGCAUAAAAGGGUAAAAAAGAUCACGUAGAGUUCGUGUAUAAAAUAUAAUAAUAAAUAAAUAUUUUUAUCUUUCAUUGACAUUGUUAUGUUAUUUGUAGAAGAUUUACAUACAUACAGAAACUGGAAUGGAAAAAGCUUAUAGCUAG